CAACCCACCAACGAAAUAAAAAGACAGAAAUCUCUUCUGCCGCUCCAAAUGGCAGCCAUGGCGCUUUUCCUUAACAUAGCCACUCCUUCCUCCGUCUCUUACCCAAAACUGCCCAAAUCCCACCUCCCUCCACCCUUACUCCUCCCCCUCCACCACCACUCCACCGCCAGAACCCGAUCUGGUACCAAGAUUUCUGCCUCUCUGAUUGACCCGGAUGGAGGCCGACUUGUCGAGCUUUUUGUUCGAGAAUCUGAGAAGGAUUCGAAAUUGAAGCAGGCCAUGGGCUUGCCUCAGAUCAAACUCUCCAAGAUUGACCUUCAAUGGGUCCAUGUGCUCAGCGAGGGCUGGGCCAGCCCAUUGAAGGGGUUCAUGAGAGAGUCUGAGUUCCUCCAAACGCUUCAUUUUAACUCGCUCCGACUCAAUGACGGGUCGGUUGUCAACAUGUCGGUCGCGAUCGUUCUGGCCAUUGAUGAUGUCCAGAAGGGUCGGAUCGGGUCGUCCACCAGCGUUGCGCUUGUGGAUCAGAAUGACAACCUCGUUGCUAUCUUGAACGACAUUGAAAUUUACAAGCAUAACAAAGAAGAAAGAAUAGCAAGAACCUGGGGUACUACAGCACCCGGUUUACCUUAUGUCGAGGAAGCUAUUAGCGCUGCUGGAAACUGGCUGAUUGGUGGUGAUUUAGAGGUUAUAGAACCCAUCAAGUAUAAUGAUGGUCUUGAUCACUUCCGGCUUUCCCCUUCACAGCUCCGUGACGAGUUUGUGAGGCGCAACGCAGAUGCUGUGUUUGCCUUCCAGCUCAGAAAUCCUGUGCACAAUGGGCAUGCUCUAUUGAUGACUGACACGCGCAGUCGUCUUCUGGAGAUGGGAUAUAAGAAUCCGGUCCUCUUGCUUCAUCCAUUGGGAGGUUAUACAAAAGCAGAUGAUGUAUCACUUUGUUGGCGAAUGAAGCAACAUGAGAAGGUGCUUGAGGAUGGCAUUCUUGAUCCAGAGACUACGGUAGUUUCUAUAUUCCCAUCUCCCAUGCACUAUGCGGGCCCAACUGAGGUACAGUGGCAUGCUAAGGCUAGAAUUAAUGCAGGUGCAAACUUCUAUAUCGUAGGCCGGGACCCUGCUGGCAUGAGCCACCCACUUGAGAAAAGAGAUCUGUAUGAUGCAGAUCAUGGUAAGAUGGUGCUGAGUAUGGCUCCCGGAUUAGAGCGGCUCAACAUUCUUCCAUUCAAGGUUGCAGCUUAUGACAAGACUCAGGGUAAAAUGGCAUUCUUUGAUCCAUCAAGGACUAAAGAUUUUCUGUUCAUAUCUGGUACCAAGAUGCGAACACUUGCGAAGAAUGGGGAGAAUCCUCCGGAUGGAUUCAUGUGCCCAGGUGGUUGGAAAGUUUUGGUCGAUUAUUACGACAGUUUGGCUCUGUCUGAGAAUGGCAGAGUCCCUGAACCUGUCCCAGCUUGAAACUAUUACUUGUGUAAUUAUGCUCGGUAGAAUCUUAAACCUAUUUAUCUCCAAUGUAUCAUUGCAUAAAACUCGGUCAAACUCACUUCAUCUCAAUAAGAUCAUAGGAGGCAUAGGUACAGAAGUUCAAGAAUUAGCCUCGACCUGUAAAAUAGUGCCAAAAAUGGCUCCUGAAUUUGUGCACUCGUCUCGUGUACUCUGUAUAAUAUUGUGUACUGUGUGAGGAAAAUGAAUUGUGGGUUGCUGUUGAAAUAUGAACUCUUAAAAAAGUGAUUUUAUCAGCUCAUGAUGCUGCAGGGUAAUGAAAAUAGCCACCUUGUUUUCA